AGUUAACUGGAACAUAAAAUUCUUUAGAAGCACUGGACUUUUAAAGGAUCCAGUUUACCCAGUUUUUACAAUGAGAGAGAUGGAGCUGAGGAAUGUUAAUGUUUGGUCUUCAAAGGGAAAAUAGGGCUGCUAACAGUAUAUAUACAUGCACAACAACACUUGUGGACAGCUUAAAUCGACCGAAGACAGCGAAAGCAGACACAUCCUUACAACUCUACAAGAACAGAAGUGAAGUCUUUGGUGACCAUGGCAAAUGAGAGCUACAAGAAAGUGUUCCUGGAGACCCACAACCAGUACAGGAGGAAACAUCAAGCCCCAGACCUGAAAAUGAGUGAGGCGCUGUGUAAAUCUGCUCAAAAAUGGGCAGAUCACCUACUCAGUAGGAAGACCCUUGGACACAGUGACACAAACAAUGGGGAAAAUGUAUUUUAUGCUUUUAGCUCCAACCCAAAGCCGCAGACAGGUAAAGAGGCUGUAGACAGUUGGUAUAGCGAGAUUAAAGAUUACAACUUUGGAAAACCAGGAAAUCAACCAAAGACAGGACACUUUACUCAAGUUGUGUGGAAAUCAACAACAGAGCUUGGAGUAGGAAUGGCUACUGAUGGAAAGACAAUUUUUGUUGUUGGGCAAUACAGUCCUGCUGGAAACAUAACCAAUGCUGGUUACUAUGAGAAAAAUGUUCUACCUGCAUGUAAAGAGGCUGCAGACAAUAAGUGUACUGAGAAUAAAGAUGACAACUUUGAAAAAUCAGGACAUCAACCAAAGACAGUGAAGUCUUUGGUGCCCAUGGCAGAUGAGAGCUACAAGAAAGUGUUCCUGGAGACCCACAACCAGUACAGGAGGAAACAUCAAGCCCCGGACCUGAAAAUGAAUGAGGAGCUGUGUAGAUCUGCUCAAAAAUGGGCAGAUCACCUACUCAGUACGAGGACCCUUGGACACAGUGACUCAGACAAUGGGGAAAAUGUAUUUUAUGCUUUUAGCUCCAAACUAAAGCCACAGACAGUUAACUACGGUCAUACAUUAUUUAAACUAUAA